UGGUUCACGAUGUCCAAUGUGCCACGGAGCGAUCCGAUUCCGAUCCCGGCGAGGAGGGGGGAAGAGUACUUCGUCCCUUGGAGGCAGUUUUCCAAGGGGAGGAGCGUGGUGGAGGAGUGCAGGGCGUUCCCGCGCGCGCAGUCCGUGUCCAGGGAGGACCUGGAGUACUUCCUGCGGUCGGUGCACUACCGCUGCGACUACGUGCGGCUGCGCGCCCGCAGGCGGCUGGAGGACAACGGCAACGGCAACGGCAACGGCGAUGGCGACGACUGGGCGGGCCUGCCCAACUACAGUACGGAUGUCACGCGACCUUCGCCACAGAGAUCAGCUGUGGUCGUUCGUGAAGCGCGGAGAGUUCUCGAGACUGUGGAAGAAGCUGAAGAGGAGUGUGAAAUAAAGGAAGAAGUGGAAAUGGUGGAGAUGGCAGACAAGGACAAAGAGCUGCCAGGUGUUGGAAGCGAGAGGAAGGAGGCUAAGGACGAGAAACAACGAGUUUCUCGACCGCGGGCUUGUAGUCUCCCCCGGUGCGUGCUGAUGUGAGCCCAGCUGCCCCAACUCUCGAGCUGACAAUUCAGUUCCCAAACCUGCUACGUCUAGGUUAAAUGAAGUGUCAUCGUUUACAACUUCUUGACCAAAUAGAUGGACAAGUGGAAACCUCCACGUAUAUUCUACGAGAAAAGAUGCAUGCCAAUGAAGAGCUCUGUCAUCUUACACAUAUGGAAUGCUGCAAAAAAUGCCCGGUUUAUUUGUAUAUAUUGCACGCAUCUGUAGCACGUACCUGUACAUUCAACAAAAUCAUUCAUAAUUUUUCUACGUUAUACGUAUUUAUGUUCAUAGAAUAUUAAAUAGCCGUAUUUUUUACUUUCU